UUCUGGAAGCUUCCUGGUAAGUGCAAGUCUCAGCUUGGGUCCGUUGGGUGGCAGUGGAAGAAGUAGGCGGGCGAAGGCAGAGAAGCGAUCAUGGCGGGGACUCACGUUUUCGGCGAGAUAAUCGACGGGGAGGUGUAUAAGUACUACGCCGACGGGGAGUGGAAGACAUCAGCCUCCGGGAAGUCUGUCUCCAUCAUCAACCCCACCACCAGGAAACCUCAGUUCAAGGUUCAAGCAUGCACACAGGAGGAAGUUAACAAGGUGAUGGAGGCUGCAAAGGUAGCUCAAAAGCUGUGGGCAAGAACACCACUCUGGAAGCGUGCGGAGCUCCUCCACAAGGCAGCUGCAAUCCUGAAAGAGCACAAGAGCCCCAUUGCUGAGUGCCUUGUCAAAGAGAUUGCCAAACCAGCAAGGGAUGCAGUCACUGAGGUGGUAAGGUCAGGGGAUUUAGUAUCAUAUACUGCUGAGGAAGGAGUUAGGGUACUCGGAGAGGGCAAGUUCCUGGUAUCUGAUAGUUUCCCUGGUAAUGAACGCACCAAGUAUUGCCUGAGUUCUAAGAUUCCUCUUGGCGUUGUUUUGGCUAUUCCUCCAUUCAACUAUCCUGUUAACUUAGCUGUCUCUAAAAUUGCACCUGCACUUAUCGCGGGUAAUGCCCUUGUGCUCAAGCCUCCUACUCAGGGUGCAGUCGCUGCUCUUCACAUGAUUCACUGUUUUCACCUUGCUGGUUUCCCCAAAGGCCUCAUCAGUGCUGUCACAGGCAAAGGAUCUGAAAUAGGUGAUUUCCUAACAAUGCACCCUGGAGUGAAUUGUAUAAGCUUUACUGGAGGUGAUACUGGGAUUGCCAUUUCAAAGAAAGCUGGAAUGAUCCCUUUGCAGAUGGAACUGGGAGGGAAGGAUGCAUGCAUUGUACUUGAAGAUGCCGACCUUGAUUUAGUCGCUGCAAACAUCGUGAAAGGAGGUUACUCUUACAGUGGUCAGAGAUGCACAGCUGUUAAGGUAGUUCUAAUCAUGGAUUCCAUUGCUGAUGUUGUCAUCGAGAAGGUCAAAGCAAAAAUGGCAAAAUUGACUGUUGGACCGCCGGAGGAGAACUGCGACAUUACUCCAGUUGUAACAGAAUCUUCUGCAAAUUUCAUUGAGGAUCUGGUUAUGGAUGCCAAGGAAAAAGGAGCAACAUUUUGCCAGGAGUAUCGCAGGGAAGGAAAUCUGAUCUGGCCAUUGCUAUUGGAUCAUGUUCGACCCGAUAUGAGAAUUGCUUGGGAGGAACCAUUUGGACCUGUACUGCCUGUGAUUAGGAUCACUAAUGUUGAGGAAGGUAUCCACCAUUGUAAUGCCAGUAACUUUGGCCUUCAGGGGUGCAUCUUCACAAGAGACAUCAACAAAGCAAUCAUGAUAAGUGAUGCCAUGGAGACAGGGACAGUUCAGAUAAAUUCUGCACCGGCUCGAGGGCCUGACCAUUUCCCAUUCCAGGGUCUCAAAGAAAGUGGAAUUGGAUCACAGGGGAUAACUAAUACCAUCAAUAUGAUGACAAAAAUCAAGAGCACAGUUAUUAACUUGCCAUCUGCAUCCUACACCAUAGGUUAAAUGGAUCUUGUAGAUUUGUAUAAAUGAUUAUGAUGAUGAAAUUUCUAAAUUGUACGAGUUUGAGUUUGACAAUCUACUAGAGUAACUGUAAUCCAAGUUCAUAAGCAUGAGAACAGAUCAUGUUGGGUGGUCUCUUGAUUACAUUUAA